UGAAGACUGCCAUUUUCCUGAAAGCACGACAAUAAAACCAUUUUCUAACAAAUAUGCAACAUUGUUUAGAGAUUUCUAUACCCCAGCCUGAUAGAUGUGAAGUCAGGCUGGUGCCAGUAACCGCCCUUCUCAAGGAAUAAGGAAUAAGCAACAAAAGACGGUGAAACGUUUGAAACAGCACAACCACUUUGCUUGAUUUAUUUACUUGGUGCAAUAAUUUGCUGCUGUAUCCAUGAUGAGCUCAUCGCAAGACAAUAAGGGCCAGAUGCCUGGACAUUGCCCAACACCGCCGAUAACUUCGGCACCGUUAUACGGACCUCAGCACGGACGUCACUUGCCUCAGGGGAGCCCCAGUCCGAGCCCGAGCAGUGCUUUCUUUCCGGCGCAAUGUAGCACUGGGGGAUUUAGUAAUUACGGAGGCGAUCCGCAGUCCCGGACACCUCCAACUCACCCGUCGUUAAUGAGGCCACCGGCAGACGAUGGACAGAAUCUAAACGCCGGUUUUGGUUUUGAUACGAAAUAUUUAGAGGACUAUUUGAAAGUGAUCGAGUCUUUCCAGGGUGGCGCUGGUGGCGAUACUCGCAACUAUUACGACUCGAGAAACUUUUAUGACGCAAAUCGGUCGUUGCAGAGUUUAGCUGACACUUUUAAUUACAUGUAUGCUAAUUCUCUGAGGUCGUCUGUUGGCAAUAAUUACCCCUCUUCCAACCAGCAAGAAUCGUAUGGUACUAGUCGUUCCCGAUCAGUUGGGCUACCCCCGAUGCAACAACCAAUGCCGCAAUCAUCGCUGCGUCAUUCUGACUUGCACGCGUCGCAGAAUGAUCUUCGUCAUUCGGGAGAUAUGCAGAUGCAAACUCAGAAUGAUUUUCAAAAUAUUCAACCAAAGAUGGAGAUGCCGGAGCCCCCGGACCCCCCAAACCAUACCCAUAACAACGUUCAUGGCCUCCCGCCAAUGUCAAGCGCUUCCUGUCGGAUGAACAUGAACACUAAUAAUGUUCCGAGACGAUCAAAUUACCUUGACAGCAAUAGUCACAUGGACUCGAUGGAGCUCCCGAGGAAUGGCGCAGUAAGUGACCACAUGGACAGUCCGCCAACGCCUAACUCGGUGUCGCAGCCCGUGGUGACAAUGUCGCCGCCUCUCCACACCCCCACAGAGCCAAACCAUUCGGUGAACACGCCAAUCGAAACGAACAACGUUGCAAGUACGAAUAACCAUACCAACAGCAACCAUGCUCCUAUCAAGCUGAAGAUCACAGUGCCCCCUAUUUCCAGUCAGGUAAACGACAAAGAUAGUGAUGCCGAUGGAUCUGAUAACGAUUCUGAUAUCGAUGAUGUAGAACUUAGUGAUGAAGAUGCUUUGUCGGAGGCAUCGGACCCGGACGAUGUUGCAGACAGCGACAUGAGCUCCAUCGAUGAUCACGAUGAUGAUUUGGACGAUGAUGAUGAUCUUAACGACGAUAUCAAAGAUGAACCAUUGAAAAGCGAUCCCGAUGAUACGGAUGAUGAAAAGACGGAUAUUGAAGAUUACAGCGACUACAAGCGGGAAAACGGCAACGGUCUGUUGACUGACAUCAAAGAGGAGGUGCUUGAGAAGGACGAACUGGACGAGGUGAUCCCGGCAAAGAAGCGACGAGGCAGGAAAGCAAAACCACAGCGCGUGAUUCCCGAUGGCGAGAAGAAGAAGAGAGGUCGGCCUCCAAAAGAUGGCGUAGCGAAACGAGAGCGAGAUCCUUCAAAAGUAAGGAAAGGGAGACGUAAAGGUAAAGGAACAAAGGUUUGUGAGAAGUGUGGUCGCAAGUUUGAGCGUAACGAUACGUAUCAGCGCCAUCUGUUACAGCAUGAUACCAUUCAGAUGUUCGAGUGUAAUAUUUGUGGGUGUAAGUAUGAGCGUCAGGAACAUUUGACACGUCACCAUAGAUCGCACACUGGCGUCACCUAUAGGUGUGGUUAUUGUGACAUGUCGUUCAAACAGCAGCGCCCAUACCGGGAUCACAUGCUGUCACUGCACGGUCAAAAGAAGCCGUUUAUCUGCACCUAUCCCGGAUGCCUGUUUCGCGCAGCGACACCAUCGCAGGUCGAGAAGCAUGCGGAAAUUCACGGGCCCGAGAAACAUUACAAAUGCGAAAAAUGUGGCCGCGAUUUUGCGCAGGUUAACGGGUUGCGCUCGCAUCAGCGCAGCUGCUACGAGAAGCGUCAAUACUUAUGCGACUAUUGCGGCGCCAAGUUCAAUUUUCUCGGAAGUUUGAAAUCGCACCGUUACAUCCACACUGGCGAAAAACCGUACGCGUGUUCUGAAUGUGACGCGCGAUUCACCGAUCAUCGCAAUUUACGGCGUCACCGUUUGAUCCACGAGAAUGCGUACCCAUACCCGUGCGAAUUCUGUGACAAGAAGUUCCGCCAUUCGAAUUCGUUGAAGGCGCACAACAAGAUGCAUCAGAAUUGUACGCAGUGGGACCGCCCGCCCGAGGUUCACCCGAGUCAACAUCCGGGCCCGAUGCCCGCGAUGGAGUACCUUUUGGCCAAUGUAAUGAACCAGGCAACUUUGAACCAAGCAGCGAUGAAUCCUGCUACAUGUUGAAAAAUGCCAGGCGACCCUCCGAUAGCUUGGAGGAGGCAUUUUAAAGUUGUCGGCUUAGGCCUUAUUGCUCAGAAUAGCAAUUGUCGAGAAAUUGUCAGCUAGGAGAAGAGGCGUGUCUCCUGUUUUACGACGUUUGGGUAUGUUGCCAUGACGAUCAGGGGUCUUAGCAGUUUCGGGAUGGUUUGGAUGCAUCUUGAAUCCAAACAGUAGAUUUAGACUCGUUGAGAAACUUUACAGCUGCUAACGACAGAAAAUAGGUGAAUGAAUAAGGUCAGAUUUUAAGAUGCAAAUUGAUUAAUUGGUUAAUUGAUGGAUUGGAGGGUGAUGCUGAGUGCUAGGGGGGACUGUGCUGUCGAGGACAAUAUUUUAGACCGGGUUUCGCUUUCUGGUUACCGCCAGUAGCAACCCUAAUUGGUGCUUAUGGUAAGAUACGAUUCGCUGGCUUUCCCCUGGAAACGAGGUUUAUUAAUAGCGAUAAAACACAGUAAUGGCUGUGCGAUGGAAAAUAUUCUACGAUUUUACCACUGAGUGGUAUGAUGGACAAAUUUAUUGAUCAUUUGAAAAUGUUGGGUAGAAUUAAGCUGAGGUGGUGUCCACGUUUCGCUCCAAUUAAGAAAAACAGAAAAGGGCCAGUUUACUCCCAACAGAGUUGGAUUAAAUUGGCUUUAUGAAUAUAAAGAUGUUUCACUUCUAAUCCAAAGAAUAAUGCAUAUUUAGAAAAUUAUAGGGAAGGACAUGGCCUUGAUUGUAAGACCUAAUAAUUUGAAAAUCAGCGAAAUAUUAAUCAUCUAUUGAUGUUUGAAGUGUACUGCCUGGUGGCACCACCUAUUAGAUUGGUUGGAAAUGAUUGAAUUGGGUAGAAUAAUUGGCGAAUCCAUAUCUUGGACAGGCGCUGCGAAAGAUUUUGGUCAAGAAUCAUGACGAUAAUUUGUUGUACAUAACAUUUAUUGAACAAUUAGACUUUUAUUCUAUAUCGCCACGGCGCGCGUCGAAGUUUUAAACACAAUCAAAGUAAUUUCGUAUAUUAACCGAAAGUUAUACACUCUGUAUACACCUAUAUGUCACUAGUGUAACAGUUCUUUUGGAUCCCUUACUAUUCAUGUAUAUGUUAUCUAUAGGCCUAGCUACAUCUGCAUGUAUCAUGAUCGACUAAAUUUUAGUUCAAAAUCGAUUGCUUUGAGUUUGAAUUUUGAAAUGAAAGUUGACAAAGUAGGGGUUUUGAUUCGUUGAUGAUUUGUUGAUUUAUAGUCAGUAGAAGAUCAGGAAUGUAUUUUUGGGUUGGUUUGAUUUCUUAGCUAGUCAACCUUGGCGUUUCAUAAUGUGUGCUUGCUAGAGGAAAAAACGACAAUCGAUUUGGGCCUUCAUUCAGGGGGUUGUGUUUAAAACUCAACUGGGAAAGCCCAAAGGGGUGAAUGACUGCUUGCCCAAAAGUAAAAAAACUACACCCACUAUAAAGUUUGUGUGGUCAGUACGUUUUGUAUUGACAUCAGAACUAAUGAGUUGCUAUUAGUAUUAGGUGUGUUGUGGUUUAGAGGGACUCCCAAGACUCAUUAUGAAUUGCAGGGUUCGUCUUUAAUUUGAUUUAUUUUUGUGAUUUCGUAGCUUGAAAUGGUACAGCCAGUUGAAUAGUUGAACGAGAAUUGACUUAGGCAGUGCAGACGGCGAUUCACUAUACAUCUUUUCCGAUAAGUUUCUUUGGCCUUGUGUUAUGUGUAACAUAUAUCAAACUAUUAUAUGUCGUAUAGAAUAUAAGUAUUAUGGCUUCAUGUGCUGUGAAUGUUUACGUUAGAGAAUUUUGAUAUAUUGCUAGAGUUUCUUUGAAGGGAGUUUUUGUCACAGCUAAAAAUUGCUUUUCUCCUUCCCUCGAGUCAAAGGUCUCAAAGGAAAAGAUCGGAUUCUUAUGCUCAGGCACCAUCAUUUAGGCUUAUUCCUUUUGGCAUUGAUUUUUGAAAUCGGUUGGUUGGGUUGAUUUUCCCUUGACAAGGCAGAGCAUGACCUACUACCAGUGAUGUUUGAAUCAUAAGUAAGACAUGUAAGGAAAACUUUUUCUAGCAUUGAUAGGAAUGGGACUGUCCCGUGAUAGCAAUGGGACUGCCCAGAUUGUUUUUUUUUGUUUAAAAAUGGACAUUUGAUAUGAUUCGAGACUUCUUUUCUUGCCUACCUAUCUUGUUUAGUUUAAAAUCCCUUAAAAAUCUAUGGUUAUGUUUUUCUUCAAAUUUUCCUUUCUUAAUUUUAAGUUUGGUUUUGAUUCAAGUUUCCAGGAAUCCCUUGUUUGUUUUCCAGAGUGAACUCCACGGUUUUUCUCAGUGUUCUUUCUCUAGGACUUUCCUCACCUCAUGUUUGUCUUGAAGUUUUCUCAAGCUAUGUUGCAUGUUUUAGUUAUGCUGUUCUAUCAGUAUCAGUCCCUGUGAGUUCUUUGCGGGCAAGCAUAAAAAGCUUUAUUGCAGAAUGGGACCCUACUUGUACAAGACUUCCUUUGAGUUGCAGGGUGAACCAAAACCAAAAUAUUGAAGUGGUUUAAGGGUUGACCGUGGGGACCACCACACUGGCUAGAACUUGGAAACCUGAUCCGAGAUCUUUCAAAACAGAGUGAAUGCCAAUUUCAAGGUUGGGAAGUAGUUCUUUGUUUGCCAAAGAGCAGCCUCCCAGGUUUUAAAUGGACAUUCACUUCAUUUUGAAGGAGUUCUCAUUGCUGUAGGAUUUCAAGUUCUGGCAAAAAUGGUGGUACCUAUGGUCAGCCCUUUAGGCACCCUCCCUCUCUCCAGUACCUUUUCUAUGCUUGUCCACUGUAGAGUUGCCAUAGUCAUGACUUGAUUCAUGUAGUGUUUGUUAUCUUUUUACGACAUGUUAUAGUCAACUUUGUAUUCAACUUUUAGUGUAUUCUAUACUUCAUUUAAAUUGCACCAAAAAGUCUAUAUCAUUAUACCUACACCAACUGUAUGUAAACCUUGAGCACAAAUCAAUGUUUAUACCCAAGUUUUGAGCCGGACAAAUGAAUUGAAGUAAUAUUUCGCAGUUCUCGCGUAUGUUCGUAAAAAUUUAAUUCAAAAUGCGCGCUCGUUAUAUUACAAGUACAAACUUCGCCUCUAGAAUCAGAAUUAAUGAGUUCCCAUGCACUUUCGGGCCCUGUUCACGGAGAACAAAAUUAGAAACGAUUACAGCGCAUGAUGGAGUAAUGAUCUUUUCAAGCGCAAAGUUGCUGCCACAUCACAAGAAUACUUUGCAAAAAGUAAGCGUGCAUUUUCGGAUGCUUUACUCGAUCUACGAUGGAGUUGUUCGAGCGCAAGGCAGGCGUCAUGAAAAAUCGCGAUCAGGUGCAGAUAAACUAGCCGAAUUUAUUCGGAAAUGCUUCGCGUCGGGAAAAAUUCCUGUGGUACUGAAAUGUUAAAAGGAUUGAGUUUGUUUUGUAUUGACUGUCUGUAAAUGUACAUGCUGUUUUUCUCCAACAGAAUCUUUUGAAAAGCUACUCACUUUCAAAUAGGUCAAGUCCAUUUGGGUAGCGUGUUUACCUUUUGCCCACUGGAAAUGCUAGGGCCAACCUAUCACAAUAGGUGGCAGAAGUGAAAGAACCAGGUUAAAAUGAAAGCAAGUGGUGCUAAUUUAGCUCUGUCUGGCCCCACAGUGUGCCUUUUGAUGACGGAGUUGGUGUCAUGGAUGGAAUAAAAAUUUCACACUAAAGAAGAUCUUCCCUCAGUAAAAGCGUUAUCUCCUUUGGUCAAUUUGAUCUACAUUUAGUGUCAGGACUUUAAACACCAACUUUACUGUUAAAACCAAUUGAGCAAGCGGUCCAUUUUGUAUUGGACUGUUAGCAUAGUCCUGCCACCAGCAGCAAUCAAUCCCUCAUUGACACCCCAUCUGUUGUUUACAAGCAGUCUUUAUUGUAUUCUCUAUCUGUAUAAUUCUACUUUAUUCUGUGUACUUUGCAUUUAUUCUCAUGUAAUAAUGAUUAUCAUAUGACUUAUUCUACUCUUAGAAGCACUUGAACAACAAAAGUUUUCAAUUCAUCUUAUGUUACAGUUCCAAAAACUUGUCUGAAUCCAAAGAUUUUGAUAUGUACGUGUAUGGUAUAAUCCCAAUUUAGUCUGGAGAAAAAAGAAAUUUAGUCAGUGUUAGUGUCAGUUUGAUACUAAUACCAGUUGGUGGUGUUUGGCUGUUUUGUUUGUGAGUGUAGCUUUAUGGUUCAAGCUCAUUUUCAGUCCGAGAACGCUUUGCCACUAAGAUGCGGUGAGCACUUGAUUCUUGCAAACCAUCCAAGUGAACAAGGAGACAACUCUCUCUCCCAAACAUGAAUUUGUAGGGCCAAGUUUUUGGGAUCAUUUCCAAACUCGAAUGCUCUCGGUCUCUCAAUGGGUGGAAGAAAACAUAAAGUUACAUAUCUGACCUGUCUGUCCCAAGUUGUAAUCUGACAAUUUUGUCUCUGGGGUUCAUUUUCACCACCCUGUGUUAGGAAUUGAUGUUCCAUUUGUUACAGGUAAAAGUGUGGAUAAUAGCAAAAAGGGAUAAGUUAAUAUGAAUCUCUCAAAAUAGUAACAUGGGUCAUGGUAGAAGGUCCAGUGGUGUAGCAGUAGACAGCAUUCCCAAACAGACCUAAGAGAAUUAUCAAACUCUCAGGAAUGCUGUACAUCACCAGCAAUAAUGUCCUCAAAGACUGCUUUGUUUUGUUAAAUCUUGGCUGGAUAGCUUUUAUAGUUGUAUGAAGUUAUCAAAGACUAUGAUAUUGAUAUUAUUGUGUACAAUGAAUAAUUCGAGCAUGCUAAUUUUUCCACAGAUUUCUUCUACAUUUUUACCCUGCUAAUGUGUUAAAGGUAAUAAAAAUAGAGAUUUCCGCUAUUGGCUAUUGUGGGAGAUAAGAAGUGGUUUGAUUUGAGACUGAUCCUGGGCUGUGUUGGUGCAGCUAAGUUAGUUGAGGUGCGAGUGUUUCUCGCAGGCGUAUUGCAGGUAAAAUAGACCUUUCUACAUGCGGCUCUCACCUGGCUUAAUUGCAUCAACACAGUUUAUUGUUCUUCUUGUUGUGAGGGAGAAAUUCAAACAAUGUUAAAGGUAACUCCACAUUUCAUAAAGGUAACUCCACAGGUCAUAUUCAGUGAUACACGUCAAAAGAAAGUCACGCUGAAUAGAGGGAAAAAAAAUUUAGGAAUGGCCUAAAUUAUCAUGAAAUAUCAGUUUUUUGCGGGGAAGUUGUAUUGAAUUUGAAAACGAUUGAAAUUAGAAAUUAUGCCUAUGACCAAAAAUGAAAUUAUAGAAAAGAAAUAUUUGACAAUGAUUCAAAUCUAUAAUGAAUUUAAUAACUAGUCGUACGAUUGUUUAUAGUGAUUAUGAAGCAUAGAAACUUUGGGUCCUUAGUUUUAAAUACAGGGUGGUUUCUAUAUUGGUGGUCUUAGCUUUUAUGUUUGUUACAUACAUUGAAUUCAAUUAGAUAUUGUCGGAGAGAUGUGUUCUUUUCUCAGUGCUUGGCUGCGGCUGUUUGAAAAAUAUUCGGUGGUUGUCCCAAUUUAAAAAGUGAUGGGUGCCUGUCAUUGACAAAAUGUUAUGGUAAUGAUGUUAUUUUUGACAUGGUUCAUGGUUACAAUAAUGACCACAAAGAUAUUGGGUGUGUUUUCGUAUGAAAUUUUAUUGCAAAAUUACCAUUCUUGAUAUUGAUUUUCUAUCUGAAAUGGUUAUGGAAAAGUCAUUCAUCUUUUAUGGCCAUUAUCGUGUACUGAAACAGAGCAACUAUACUAAAUUCCCUUCUACAUGUAUUUCUGAUGUGCUAGGUAGAUUUGAGAGGCUCACGAAUGACUGUGGUAUUCUGGUAGUAUACUCAGGCCUUUCAAUUACGUGGAAACCUCUACACCCUGUAGUUUUUUAGCCCAUUUUGGGGACAUGUUUUUUUGCUUUUUAGCUUAAUUUGGCGACAUUUCAUCGCGCCAAUUUGCCUGAACAGCGACGUCAUAAAUCAAAGUUAGUGACUGAUAUCACCCCAUACACCUGAAAAAUCAUAAUUUUAGGGUAAAACUAUAAAAUUAGGCCAUUUGGAUGAGAUUUGGUUAUGUUAGGGGUCAAAAAACGCUUCAGGGGGUCAUAUUAUUAAAAAAAAAAUAAAAAAUUUAGGGGACCUAAUUUGGGGACAUCCUGUACGGCCUACACCGUUAUACGGUGUAGGAAUCAUGUAAUUGAGAGGCCUGAUACUUGCUGAAACAUUGAACAAGGGCAUUUCUCUGCCUUUUGAAUUACUUUGCCAUUUUGUGCCAUGGAUUAUGGUGUUGAAGGUUUUUUUAAGCGCUAAGAAGACAUCUCUCUGACUAAUGAUGUAUCAUUAUGUGCAGCGUAUAAUUGUACUUAUAAAUGUAGUUUUAGUUGUGUUAGCUUGUUCUGUUGAUGAGACAGGAGGCCGUGAUAGAUUGGGUAAAAGGCUUUAAGCCAACAGUUGGUUUUUUGGGUGAUUUUCCUCUAAAGAACCAAACUGUUUAAAACUGUUUUUAAGAUAAGUUGGUUCAAUUGCAACUUAGAAAAGUGUAUAUAUUAUUUGGCCAGGCUUUUCAAUCAAAUUUUUAUCUUAAUAGAUAUGUGAUGAAAUUUGCUAAAAACCGCUAAUGAAGUACUGAGGAUUGAAACCCCACAAUCCUUCUUUAAAACCAUGGACUUAGCAUAUCAAGGCUUUAGAUUACGUAUACCAACCCACGCAGUUCUGGCUAUCUGUCAAAACUGCUGUUGCCUAAAGCAUCUUACACUUGAUGUGUUGAAAUUUUGGCCUUUGUCAUUGACCAAGUUUGAAACCGAGAAUGAAAUGAAAGUCGAAUUUAUUAUUUUAUCUUAUAUGAUCCAAGAAGUUACAUCAACAGGACAAACUAAGCAUACACAUCUUUGGAUUGUGUUCCCCAUAUCACAGAGAAUUGUUGUAGUUUGCCAUAUUGCUGAGGAAACAGAAGGAUGGAGUGCAAGUUUGUUCAGGGUGUCACAAAGUUAAGGUUUAGCUUGCUAAUUGAUUGAAUAUUUCUAGCAGUUCAGGAAUGCUAUGGCUUUUUUGGCAGUCUGUUGCCACUUUGCAUUUAGCAGGUGAUUUGGGAGGGCUUUAUUGGGUGAAAGUUGUCACAGACCUGUUUUAAUAUGGCGUACCCCUGGGUUGCAAAAACUCAGGGUGUCCUCUUAUUUACCUCAGAAUUGAUAUGUAGAAGGAUUGGCCAAUAAUUGUGCAAGACUGCCUUUCAGUGAAGUUUGAAAAUGGGUGUAUCUGUGAAUAGAAUGAAGAGAAACUGGGUUUGAUUGUCAAAACAAAGAAAGAAUUGUAAGUUUGACAGCAGUUAGAUUUAGAAUUCAAAAUUGAAUAUGUGCCAUUUGGGCAUCUGUAGUACAACUCUGCCAGUGGUCAACUGUUUAACUAUUUAAAACUGGAAGCUUGCUUUGAGAAAUUGCUUUGGGAGGAUAUUCAAUUCCGUGUAGACAUGGUAUGGAGUAAGAGUGUUUUUUCCUGAUUGACAGUUACCCUUGUAAGGACCUGUGUCUUCAAGAGGCUUUGGUAGGCCUUCAGCAAUUUUCCGCUGUAAUUGGCUAGUCAUCUGAUGGCUCAAGUGAGAGCGAUGUUUCCUUGAAGUGUGCAUGGAGUCCCUCGGUAACCAGACAUCCUCAGCAAUAUGGCAAACCCUCUCGCUGAUAUGGAGAACAGCAUCUGUGGGGUGAUAUAUCAUUAGUUACUAAGUGGUCGUGAUUUUCUCUCCCAUGUAUUGUGUAAUUUGUGAAUGAACUUGUGCCACUGAUUGUUAUAUGUAUUCUUAGCAUCACAACAUGUAUUGUGUAGAUCAUGUGCUUACUCAGCACAAUAAAAAAUUGUCAUGUUUGUAAAA